GCCCGGACGUGCACCUGCUUAGAGAGUCCUCCGUUCGAUCCGGUACCCCGUCUGAGCAUCGUGCACCCAGCCAUGACAGCCCAUUCCUUUGCCCUUCCUGUCAUCAUCUUCACCACAUUCUGGGGCCUCAUCGGCAUCGCUGGGCCCUGGUUCGUGCCCAAAGGACCCAACCGUGGGGUGAUCAUCACCAUGCUGGUAGCUACUGCUGUCUGCUGUUACCUCUUCUGGCUCAUCGCCAUCUUGGCCCAGCUGAACCCCCUAUUUGGGCCACAGCUGAAGAAUGAGACCAUCUGGUACGUGCGCUUCCUGUGGGAGUGACCACUGGGAGUGACCGGCUGGCUUCUGGCCCCAGAUGCCCUGCUGUGAAAGAUGACCCAGCCUUGAUGUCCCUGGAGACCCUGCAUUCCCACUGGCCCCACCCAUCAGUAUGACGUUCUGUGCUCUCCGUGCCAGCGUGCUGUGGGAUCCAUACCCCCCAGAGCCAACCUGGUUUCAGUUUCCCCUGUGUUCCCAGCCAUUAGGGGGCCUCCAUUUUGGGAAAACCCUGUGCUUAGUCAGGACACAGUGGGGGCUAACCUGAGCUCAAAUCCCCACACUUGGCACUUCUCUCUCUUCCAAGCAGAUCCUGGCUGAGAAGCUGGACCUGCUGGGAUCUGUUUUCAUCCAGGGAGCAGAAGGCAGGACUCAGCCUGGUCCCAGAAAGGACUCAAGUCUUUGUGGAGAAGGGACAUGUGGCCCAGAACACUCCAAGCUUUUCAACUCUUGCCUCCACUGUGUUGAAAUAUUGGGUCAGGGUCACAGGCCUCCUCCAGCCCUGAAGUGGAUUACCCAUUUAGUUUCUUGCACUUCUAGAUGUGAAAUU